CAGGGCGCAUGCGCGUGGUCGGCGGGGAGGGCGGGGGCCGGCGCCUGCUGCUGGGGGAGCGAGCGGCCCCCGGCACCGGCACCCACACCGCCACCGGCAGCGGCACCGGCAGCGCCCUCGCCCGCUCCGCUCCGUCCCCCCUCAGGGCCGUGGCCGCCGCCCGGCCCCGCCAUGAAGCUGAGCAGCCGCGGCCGGGGAUGCUGCGUGGCCGGCAGCCGGGAGCGCGGGCCGCCGCCGCGGAGCCCCUUCGUGCACCAGCUGCGCCUCGGCCCCCUGCAGAAAGCCAAGAUUGCCUUCAUGACCUUGACUCUGUUUCCCAUCCGGCUCUUUUUUGCUGCUUUUAUGAUGUUGUUGGCCUGGCCUUUUGCGUUCAUUGCUUCAAUGGGAGCUGACGAGCAAGAGCUUGAAAAGCCCCUCUCCUGGUGGCGAAAGAUAGUGGAUGUUUUGCUAAAAGCAAUCAUGAGAAUGAUGUGGCUUGCUGGUGGAUUCCACUGGAUAAACGUGAAAGGCAGGCGGGCGUUGCCAGCAGAAGCAGCGAUCUUAACGGUGGCUCCCCAUUCUUCCUACUUCGAUGCCAUUCCAGUAACUAUGACCUUCGCCUCCAUUGUGAUGAAAGCAGAAAGCAAAGAUAUUCCUGUUUGGGGAACUCUUAUCAAAUACAUCCGACCAGUAUUUGUGUCUCGGUCAGACCAGGAUUCUCGCAGGAAAACUGUUGAAGAGAUAAAGAGACGCGCUCAAUCUGAUGGUAAAUGGCCACAGAUAAUGAUAUUCCCAGAAGGCACUUGCACAAACCGAUCCUGUCUAAUUACAUUCAAGCCUGGAGCAUUUAUUCCUGGAGUUCCUGUACAGCCAGUGGUUUUACGUUACCCAAACAAACUGGAUACAAUCACAUGGACAUGGCAAGGCCCAGGAGCGUUAGAAAUUCUGUGGCUUACUUUGUGUCAGUUUCACAAUUCCGUGGAAAUUGAGUUUCUACCUGUGUAUAUUCCGUCAGAAGAAGAAAGAAGGAAUCCAGUGUUAUACGCCAAUAACGUCAGACGUGUAAUGGCAGAGGCAUUGGGAGUUUCAGUGACAGACUAUACAUUUGAAGACUGUCAGCUAGCCUUGGCUGAAGGACAACUUCGUCUGCCUUCAGACACGUGUCUUUUAGAAUUUGCAAAGCUUGUGAGAAGCCUUGGGCUGAAACCAGAAACACUUGAAGAUGAUCUUGAUAAAUAUGCUACAAGUGCCAUGAAAAUGAAAGAACAGAAGGUUGCUCUUAGGGAAUUUUCAGCAUAUUUGGAAUUUCCAGUUUCCCACACGUUAGAAAGUAUGUUUGCCCUUUUUGAUGAGAAUGAAGAUGGCGUAAUUGACGUUCGGGAAUUUGUCAUUGCUCUGUCAGUUGUCUGUAAGCCAUCCAAAACUCUGGAAACAAUUCAGCUGGCAUUUCAGCUAUACCAGUCAAAAAAUGGAACUAUAACAGAAGAAGACUUAGCUCAUAUUCUGAAGACUGCCAUGGGUGUGUCACAGAUUAAUGUUACACAUCUUUUUAGAGCUGUAGAUGAAGAAGAGAAAGGAAAGAUUACAUACGAUGACUUCUACAGAUUUGCUGAAUUGCACCCCCACUUUGCAGAAGACUAUCUCUAUCCUGAUCAGAUGGGAGCUGAGCAUGGUUUGGAGACUUCAUCUCUUUCUGCUCCUAAUGGUAUCUGUACUGACUUCAGCCCUGAAAACGCUGAAGAUAAAAACAAGCCCCUGCAGAAGAAACUGAAUUAACACUACAACUGUAAACUUCCUCUCCUGGUGAGAGGAUUCUCUUUUCUUGGGAUUUUCAUAAGUCACUCCAAUUACACAGCAAAUACCAGUUUUGUGUGUGAAAGUUCUUCUACUUCAAUACCAUUCUUUGAUUCAUACGUGCUAUAUUUAACAAUAUGUUCCAGGUUACUUUGGGGGAAGGUGUUUUUAUUUUUUUUUUUCCAAAAGGUCUUUGAAAGGCAAAAAAUGUGAAUGUGCUUCAUUAUUAAUGUUCAUAUUUAAAAGGAAGCGGCACACUUAUUUAUAUUCCACUGGCUAGUUUCAUGUACCAAGUGUCGCACACAUUGCGCAUGUAUAAAGAAACUGUAGCUACUAUGGUGUUAAGUGCACUUUGGUGAUUAGUGUUUUCCCUAGUUAUGGGGAUGUUUAUAUGGGGCCAAAUUUUGCUGCUCAUAUUUGUGUAGUCAGUUUUGUUGAUUUCAGUGGGAUUAUUCCCUUGAGCAAGGCAAGCAUAUUUUGGCCCUUUUGUUUUGGUUUCAGUGAACAGUUUGGAAACAGUCAUGCAAAAACUUGCUAAGGAUUAUUUUUUAUUGUUGAAUGACAAAAUUGUUUCUCUUUCAGUCUAUUCCAUGGUAGAAUGAAAAGGAAAAACUCCUUGUCCCUUACCCCAACACUUUUAUAUUUUCAUCUUCCAAAUGCGACUAAACGUGACUUUUUUUUUCAAACUGACAUGCCACAUACUGUUUGCAAGCACGUGACAAAACUGCUUUUCUGUUACAAUCAGUUCAAAUCAUGUCCACCUGCCAUUUAUAUGGAGAUGUUUACAAAAUUGUUUUAUCAGGAAUCACGGUUUCUCUUGUAGCAAGCCUGUAUACACAGAUAACUUAGCAUGGAACACACUAUAAAAACUUGGUUGUAUCAAUGCAAAUUUGAAAAGGCUGCAGUUACUUCAGAAGCCAAGCCAGCAAGAAGUUGCAGAACAUCCUGAAGGAAUGCUAGUUAAAUCUCUAUAUCAACAUUACAUAUACUGCGUAUAACAUACGAAGCUUAAAAUAGUUUAGAACUAUUUUAAAAAUUUGAAGACGUUUCUAUUCGGUAACAUUUCUUACCUUUCCUUUUGUAAAGCCAGAUGCCUUAAAUUACCAUUGAGGGUCUCAGAGAAAAAUUGAAGUUACUCUAAACCCACAGACCUCUACUGAUUAGGAAAUGAGCCGAAGGCCUCAUGGAAUAGGAAGGAGAAGUGUGUUGCAAAACCACUGUGCUCAAAUCAACUAUGUUCAAAUCAUUUAUGUGACUAAAUCUGCAAGGCUGCAGCAGAAUUACAAGGGUUUCCUAACUGGAGAACUGUCAUUGAGAUUUGAAUCUUCUACUUGUUAAUGUAAAACUAGAUUUGAAAGGAUGACAUUUCAGCAGAAGGAAAUCUGUUUAUACCAAAUGCUUUUGUUAUUAUUUUUAAAUAGCAGGAGGUUUUUUAAGCUUAUUAGGGUAUUGGAACGUGUCCUUAGAAAUCCUUAACUGUAUAUGGCAAGUCUCCAAACUGAAACUGGAUUUAAUAUACAGUGGGUAUGGGGAAACAAAAUGUGAAAAAUAAUGCUUUCUGUGGGGUAGCAGAGGUACAUCCUUAUUUGGAGGUAGUAAUUAAGUUUUUUAUUUACCUAGAUUUACCUAGCAUGCCAUGCUGACAGGGCUGCAGCACAUAAGCAAACAAGAUUUAAACUGAUCAUGAAAAAUGGAAGACCUUGUUUGAAAAUAAGGCAUGUGAGAAACUACUCCUAGGUAAGAGUAGUCAGCUGCACAAACAGAGGGAGUGGGUGUAACUGCACAAAAGAUCUUGGGGCAGAGAUAGUAUCAAGUAUUGCUGCAGAAAAGAUGUUCGUUAUAGUGGGAUGCAUAAACACUUGUUGCCUGUGAGAAAUGAGAUGGUAUUUCUGUGCUACUAAGGAUUGAUAAGGCUUUACCUAAAGUAGUUGUCUGUGUUGGGGCACUUGAGAAAGAUGGGGAGUAGCUGGAUAGAGUCUGGAGAAAAGAAAAUAUUUAGUAAAGAGGUUGAAAAAAAUCUUUCAUCCAGAGAAAGAGACAGAAGGAAGUUACGAAACCAGUUUUCAAGUGUGGGAACUGUCACUAGAGGGAAGAUGGGAACUGUCUUUUCUCCAUGCUGAUGGUGGGGUGUCCCUUACAGACAGACGAUGAAGACACUGAUUUUAUUGAUCAUAACCAACAGGAUUGUAGGGAUAGGUCUCCUGAGGUCUUUUUUCUGUGGUUAGGCAGGAUGUAUUUUAGUAUGUAAGGGUAAGGUACGGUAACUGUUGUCUGAGCAUAUCACACCUCCUCUGCAAGACCUUCAACAACACUUGGCCCAAGCUGGCUGACUAUUGAGAUAGUUAUCUUUUGCCUUGUAUGUGAGCUUGGGAAUUUGAGAAUUUCAAAGUGCAGGGCUUGAGGUAGGGUUCCCUGAGACGUGUGUCUGAAGGGAAGAAAAGCUUUAAUAUCCCAUGGACAACCUUGGUGUGGGAGAAGCUCCAGAGGAAGAAAUUACUCGUUCCACAUCUGUGGAAGAGCAAAGAAAGCUGAUUGAAGUUGGCUAAAUAUAGCGUGCCUCCUUUCCAUGUAUGGUGCAUAUAGCCUGGGGAUCUGUCACCUAUAAGGCAAAGAGUUAAUUUGGUUUCUUACUUGUUUCUGGUGAGUAUUCUAAUCAGGGUGAAUGUAAUAACUGCUCUUAGUGUGACUAAGCUCUUCAGUGUUGAGAAAGCCUGGUGAGUAGCAUCUCGCCUGCUUGGUGAGCAAGCACUUUUGGUGGAAGCAACUAGUUUAAAAAGCAUCCGGCUUCUGUAGUGACUUGCAGCAUUCCCUUUUUUGUGAGAUUGUUGAUCUGGAUAGAGAAAUAGCGAAGUUCUGAGCAACCUGCAUGAAAACACUGUUAGAUCACAGAUAAUGGUGUGAACAGAUAAUAAUUAAGACAGUCCAGGGGAUUUCAAUAUUGUUAGUAUAUAAGGUUAUCAUACGAGACUGCCCUGUAGUGUCAGGUGGUAAACUCAGACUUUGUCGGGGGCUAAGACCUGUAGCACAUGGCAUUACUGCAAGAGCAUUCAUUGCAAUUUGUCUAUUGAACUCACUGAAAUGUUUUACUAGUUCCAUGUAAAAGGCAUCCAACUGUGGAGCAGCUGGGUUGUGACACUCAGUGGCUUGCUGUACUGCAAGGACAAAAGUGAAAGCUUCCUUUCCCAUUCACCAAACAAUAACAUAAAAAUGCUUUCAGUUACACUAUUACCAGCUUUACAAACCUUAAAUUUACAAGGAAGACAUAAAUAAAUGUCUUCAGUUCUUUACGACAAUUUAAUACGUGAUCCUUACACACAAAAUGCAGAGGUGUGAAGACAUUUGACACUUGUCUGAUGAUCAUUUUCCUGCUUUUGUGAAAUGCUGCCAUCCCUUGACGGCAGAGCGCUCACAUCAGACUGGAUUUCUAUAUAUUGUAUGAGAGAGAUUCAGCCAAAGCUUUGUUAUUCCGAUGUGAUUGAACAAGUAGCUGUGUGUUUUGAAUGUAUUUAACACAAAACAAUGAAAUCUGAGAUAACUAAAGUGUCUUUUUUGGCUUCACUUGUUUUUCUUCAAUUAUAAUAAAACCACAUUAAAAAUAAACAGAAACAAAAGUUUAGGAGGUACAAAGCUCAUCCAAACCACUGGUUCUACCACAGUAAGGCAAGUUCUGUUACAGAUUUCUCAGGAGUCCAGUGCUGUAAGCAGACACAUUUAAAAGGUAUUCUAGGGAAUUUGUGAUCCUUUUGGAGAAAUAAGGUGGUGCACUUAACGUUAUACCAAUAAAUUACGCUAUAUAUUUCAAUGCAUUUAUUGCUUCUAGAAUCCUCUUGCUAUGACAAAAAGGCAACCAGACCCUCGUGUGUGUUUGCUAAUCCUGCUUUAAAGGUUUAAAACCUCAGGUCACAAGGCUUACUUGAAAAGGAGAUGUGUGCAUUAAGGAAGUGAUGCAAUCUCUUUAGAGGCAAAGCCGCAGGAAGUAAAUAGUGGUUUUGUACAUGUAAUAUUUUCAAGCACACUGAAUAGGGUUGUUAGCUAGUUUAAGCAUUGGGCUACUUGGAAAAUGUUUUCAUUCAUAAUAUGCAGUAAAUAUUUGUCUGGAAAAGGAAUUGUUACAUUUUGGUAUAAUUUGGUAAUUUUUUGAAGAGGUAUUUUUAUUAAUUUGAGUUCCUUUAUAAGGCCAUAUCUGGUAUUGUCAUUAAAUGAAUUUUUCUACGUCAUUGCAUGGUAAGUACAGCUAUUCAUGUCAAGUUUUAGUCACGUUCUGCUCUCUGCUCCUUCUAAAACAGAGAAACGAUUUACAGAAGGUAAGCUGCAGAACUCAAGUGGCAUCUGCUGUAGAUCCUAUGAACUCAAAAACUAACCACAGCUUUGUGUGUGUUAUGGGACUUGAACUAGGAAAGAAAUUAUGCUGAUUUAACAAAAAAAAAAAUCUGAUCAAGUUAAAUUAAUUUUCCUUUAUGUUGAGCUAUUGCAUUCUACUUGAUGGGAGGCCUCUGCUUUUUUUCUAGCAGCACUUUCAGUGUUCUGUAAUUAAGCCCAGGCAUUAGAAACAUGUUGGCUAAGAGAUUUUGCAUCAGCAAAACUUAAGAUUGUCUCCUAAGCUUGUUGAAACAGAAAUUCCCUCUGAAUGAAGUACUGCAGAUGAUUUGUUAUUUUUUAGGUAUCUGAACUUCAGCUAAUGUGGCUAGCUUCUUUACAAGACAAAAAGGAAUACUAGGUCCAACAGUUUGAAAAUGCAGGUAAGAACUCAUAAUAAGCACCAUCAUUCAAACAGUCAGCCAAGUGAAACCACAAGAUCUGUCUCUCAUAUGAGCAGGAAGACUGAGAUAGCCAUCCAGGUAAUUUUGCAAUUAAACCAGCCGUUCAUCAGUCAGAGGACAAUUUCCUGAAGGUAACGUCUAAGUAGACAUUUGUCAUCUAAGUGAUGUCUAAGGCACUAGCGGCACAGCCAGUUCUGUUUUAUCGGUUCUCCCUCUUCUUUUAUAUGAAGACCAGAAAAAAGUACUCUGUGAUGGGAACCUUUAAAGACAUCCUUAGAGGUAAAAUCCUACAGCAUGUCCUCAAAGGAAUAAACACAGUGGUUCUAUGCUGUAGCUAAGGCAGUGAAGUGAGUAUACAAGUUAGUCACCAACACACCGUGAUCAAAAAGUGCAUUUUAACUGAAUACUGAGGUAUAACUACAGAGAAUAUAGUAGCAAGGAGAACAUUUGUUAGGCGUGCUUGGAUUUGGAUAUAUAUUUCCUGCAUCUCAUAUUGGUCAAGACAAGACAGUUGUUUUUUUCUCUAGGAAACCUCUCAGGUUUAUUUCAAGAUAUUAGUUAUUCUCUUAUGAGUGAAGGAGUGAUUUGUUUUGUAGAAAAUGGCUUCUUUUCCCCCAGAUGUUAUGAUGUGUAGUGAUGGCACUCUUACAUUGGAAUCUGUAACUGGUAAAAAAAGGAUGUAUGAUUCUGAAAGGAUCAGUCCUUAACAGUAGAGACGGAAACAGAAGAAUCACCUCAGCACAGAUUGUACAUAAUUUUUUCUUUUAAUUUGUGGGGAUUUUUUGACAACAUACUUGUCAUGUCUCUUGAUUCUGAGCUACUGUUUGUACACAGCCAUAUGAACAGCCCAGCUCAUUUCAGUCUAGCAUCAAGAUCUCAAAAAAGAUGUACAUUUAUCUAUGGAUGUAAUGUUAAGUCUCGGUUCUUUCACUUUGACCAAAAAAGGCUGGAAGCAAGAUAAAAGUCCUAAUGACUUUUGUAAUAUUCUAUUUUGAUAUUAUGAAUGGUGUUACUUGAGAGUGCCAAUCCAGAGCCAAAGAAUCUGUUGGGGAAAAAUCAAGCUGAACUAGAAAGUAGUAAAUUCAUUAAGGCUAGCGUAGCAGCAAAGCUUUCACUGUACAACUGAUCUUUUUGCACAGUAAAGAAAAAUAUUUUCCAUCUCUUGGGCUGGUGAAUUUUGUUUUUGGUAUCCCUUGCUCUUGAUUGUGCUGUCUUGUUCCUUUUAGGCUGGGUGCAGCCUGAGGGAGACCUCUUAAGAUCAAGGGACAUUCACAGGCCACUUCUCCUGACCAGUAAGGGGCAGGCGAACAUUAAAUUUGCAUUCUGGUAAUGCCACCCAAAACUAAGAGCCCAUGUACUGCUUUAGCUCGAGUCUGCCUUUAGAUAAAGGAUCACAUUUUCUUUUCUCCUGCUCUAACCACUGCAUAGUUGUCCAGGUGUUAGCAAGUUUGUAAGUACUUUGGAGACACCACAUGUUUUUAUGAACAAUAAGACAUUAAAUUUAGAAAUGCAGUGUGAUGAAAUCUCAAUUUGCAUUGACCUCUGACUUUGUCAUUCUUAGUGUGUGUCUGUUUACUUCCAAGUUCAGCAUGCAGUAUGUGUAAAUGUGUUAGUAAACAAAUUCUCCUCGUGGAUACUGAAGAAGGCUGAAGCUCAGGCACUUUUCAUCCUACCAUGGUACUGGAAAUGAAAUUAUCUGAUGAUAGAUUACUUCUAAGUUUAUGAAUGUGUAUGGGGAAAACUGAAAUACGUGUCUUCUAUUCACUACCCCUCAUCAAGACAGUUUUAUUUUAAAUACUGAAGAAAUAAACUUGUGCCGACCUGGUAUGUCCUAAGUAUACAUUUUUGUCCCAUGUUUUCUUUUAUAAUAAAGUUUGAACAAAAUAUUUCUUAUAUCUCAGAAGGGAAAUUUAUGUUAACCCCUACCGUAUUUUCCAGACUACAGAAGUAUUUUUUUUUUAAGUAGACACCUAAAGGUGAAAUUGUAUUUUUAAGUAUGUGGACUACAAUCCCUUAAAUUAAACAUCUCUCCUUAGCAAUUGUAUAUACUUAGACAAAAAGCGCAUCGGUUGCAGCUGCUUGUCUAUCUAGUUGUUUGUGUUGGUGAUUUGUUAUAUUGCUUUCUGUAAUUGCUCUAAGGUAUUAAGAGCUCCAUGUAAAUCAGUAAUGUUAGAAAUAGAAGUCAGAAGUAAAUCUCUAGAAGUGAUAGAUAUUUUUUUUUAUAUCCUGGAGGAGGACCAAGAUUAAGCACCUGCUAACCUUUAAUUAUGUACUAUAUAACUUCAGUGUUCAGCAUUGUGUUGAAAGUAUCAGGCAUCUGUUCAAUGGGACCACUUUCUAAACCUUUUUGUAAUUCCCAGCAUCUACCCGGGUGUGCAAGACAUUUCUAAUUUGAUUGCAGGUACUAGUUCCUCUUUUCUGAAAGAAUAAAAUGCAAUAUCAACAAGCUGAGAAAUAAUUCAUAAAAAUUUUUUGAUCUCUUGAAUUACUGUUAAACUUGCAUUGAGGACAUAAUUUAUACAUUUUUUAAAAAGUAUUGCUAUGUUUUUGAACACACUUGAGAAUUUAAAUGCAAAAGCAAAAAAGUUAACCUUUUAAUGAUCACAGUUUGGGAUUUUCUCUUUCCGCUACUGAAUCCAAGUUAGGCACUGCCAUGAAGAGGAUGCUUUUAGCUGAAAACCUGUGCUGAUAGAGCAGGAAGUACAGCUUUGUAGGAACUCGCUCGCAAGGUAUGGUGUGCUUGUUCCAUCAGUGGUACAACUCCUGGUGACUUCAAGGCUGCUCAAGCAGUUGGUUUAAAGAUGCAUAUUGGCUGCAAGCUUUCUGUUAUAGCCCUUGGAUAUGCAGUGUAAACCUGUAACAAUAUAUAGUGCUACUGGAUGAUAAUAACGACCUGAAUGCAUUUUUUCUGCUGUAUAUUUCCCUCCUAUGGCUCCUAAGGUAUGUGUAUAUAGACUGUCUUUGCACUGAACUGGCUAUACUUUGUAACUGAAAGGCAGGUAGCAUACUAAAGAUGACUGUAGCUUGUGGUUCCGAUUAUGGAAAUCCUUUCACAGAACGCAAAGUAUAGCUUCAGUGCUACAAAUUUGAUUUUUAUAUUUUUUAUUAACAUGCAUGGAAGACUACGGAUAAUAUUUUUAAAAGAUGAACUUGGUUUUGUACAUUUUUCAAUGUUUAAAACUAUAUGAUUUAACAUUACCUCUGAAUACCAGUGAUCAGUAAAUUCUUAAAGGAAAUACCUCAAUUUGAGUAUUCUUUUCUUGCUAGUUUUUGCUUGAUAGGUUGAAAUGGACUACAGUGUGUGAUGAACUAACUGAGCCAAAUAGCAAUGACGUAAAAGCUUCAACUCUGCUGUAAGCUGUGUGAUUUACUGAAAGGGAACUAAAUGAUACACUACAAGUGUUGAUGUUGCAGUAUACAAUCACGGCUCGUUCUGCCCAACUGGACAUUUUCUUUAUGACUGGCUUGUAAAUUGAAUUUUCAGCGUGAAGCCAAAUUAAAAAUGAGAGAAAAAA